CCAUUUCAUUUCAAAUCUACUUUUGCACUGCAAAACAAACGUAAUUCAUUCGUACAUUGUUCGUUAGUUCGGUUCUUUUUAGUUUUUUCAAUAUGCAUUCUUAUUUUAAACACACUUGUUACCUACUGGUAAUUUUGUGCUAUUUGCACGUUGCUACAGCUAAAGGACAAUGUAAGAUCCCAAGACCGUCGGUAUUUUGUAUCAGUUCCCGUGUUAAUAGCGGUGCGGAUGUUAUAAAAGAAGCUGACAAAGACAAAGAUGGAAAACUCAACGAAAAAGAGGCAUUAGACUAUCUCGUAAAAACAACUAAUAUCAAAUGGGCAGAUGGAACACUCAAAUUAGAAAUCAAGUCGAUAGAUAAAAAUCACGAUGGAUACGUGACCGCAGAAGAAAUCGAUUUUCCUGCUUCGGCUUCACCUAGUAAACCGUCCAUCGCCAAAAAUGCACGUGAAAUCAUACAACAAAAUGACAAAAACCACGAUGGAAAACUCGACUAUGCCGAAGCACGUCAGUUUUUUGCCACCGGUCUUCCAUACAGAUUGUCAGCUGAAGCAAUUGAAAAUGAAAUCAAGGCGUUAGAUAAGAAUCACGAUGGAUAUUUGGUAGCGGACGAAAUCGAUCCACCCCAAGCGACUACGCCAAAACCAUCAAAACCAUAAUUACAGAAUUUCGACGUUUUCAUUAAGUGCCUAAGUUGGUACGUAAAUUAGAUUAUCUUUAAAUUUUUGUUUUUUUUUCGAAUUAUUUUAUCAGCUUAUAGUACUCUUAAAGUCAAUUAUUUUAAAAAUUAAUUGUUAUUUGCCACUAAUACAAAAAUAAAUGCUCAAGUAUUUCA